AGAUUAGUUGGAGUGGGAGGAACUAAAAAUCUAAAUUCCCCACAGGGUGGAGUCUUAGCAGUUCUUUGAACUUCUCACCCUGUGAUCCGGUCUACAAAGCUUCACGAAAUUCUUGAAAGGUUUCUCCAGGGGUCCUGGAAACUGAGGCCUCCGUGGAAAUCCCAUCUGAGAACAGCUGUGAUGGAGUCUUCACCUCUUGAGCUGCCAUCUGACACAGUGCAACGCAUCGCAGCUGAGCUCAGAUGUCACCCAACAGAUGAACAGGUGGCUCUACGCCUAGAUGAGGAAGAUACACUGAGGCAUUUCAGGGAGUGUUUUUAUAUUCCCAAAAUGCAGGAUCUGCCUCCAAUUGAUUUAUCUUUAGUGAAUAAGGAAGAAAAUUCCAUUUAUUUCUUGGGGAAUUCUCUUGGCCUUCAACCAAAAAUGGUUAAAACAUUUCUUGAAGAAGAACUUGAUAAAUGGGCCAAAAUGGGAGCCUAUGGUCAUGAUGUAGGAAAACGCCCUUGGAUUGUAGGAGAUGAGAGCAUUGUAGGCCUUAUGAAGGACAUUGUAGGAGCCAAGGAGAAAGAAAUAGCCCUAAUGAAUGCUUUGACCGUUAAUUUACAUCUCCUACUUUUAUCAUUUUUUAAGCCUACACCAAAACGGCAUAAAAUUCUUCUAGAAGCCAAAGCCUUCCCUUCUGAUCAUUAUGCUAUAGAGUCACAGCUUCAACUUCACGGACUUAAUGUUGAAAGAAGUAUGCGGAUGAUAAAGCCACGAGAGGGAGAAGAAAUAUUAAGGAUGGAGGAUAUUCUUGAAGUAAUUGAGAAGGAAGGAGACUCUAUUGCAGUGAUCCUGUUCAGCGGGCUGCAUUUUUACACUGGACAGCUCUUCGAUAUGCCUGCCAUUACAAAAGCUGGACAAGCAAAGGGUUGUUUUGUUGGCUUUGAUCUGGCACAUGCAGUUGGAAACGUUGAACUCCACUUACAUGACUGGGGAGUCGAUUUUGCCUGCUGGUGUUCCUAUAAGUAUUUAAAUGCAGGAGCAGGAGGUCUUGCUGGUGCCUUUGUCCAUGAAAAGCAUGCCCACACAAUAAAACCUACGUUAGUGGGAUGGUUUGGCCAUGAACUCAGCACCAGAUUUAAAAUGGAUAACAAACUGCAGUUAAUCCCUGGGGUCAGUGGAUUCCGUAUUUCCAAUCCUCCCAUUUUGUUGGUCUGUUCAUUGCAUGCUAGUUUGGAGAUCUUUAGGCAAGCGACUAUAAAAGCACUGAGGAAAAAAUCCAUUUUGCUAACUGGUUAUCUGGAAUACAUGAUCAAGCUUUACUUUAACAAAGAUAUAGGAGGAACCAAGAAACCAAUUGUGAAUAUAAUUACUCCAUCCAAUAUAGAGGAUCGGGGCUGCCAAUUGACACUAACAUUUUCUAUUCCCAAGAAAAAUAUUUUUGAAGAACUAGAAAAAAGAGGAGUUGUUUGUGACAAGCGAGAACCAAAUGGGAUUCGAGUGGCUCCAGUUCCUCUCUACAAUUCUUUUCAUGAUGUUUAUAAAUUUAUCAAUUUGCUUGCUUCUGUACUUGAUUCUGUAGAAACAAAAAAGUAGCAAUGUUCUUAUUAUUAACUUACACAAAUUUACUGAAAGAUGCCUUAUUUUACUACUAUUCAAUUUUUAAUUUUUAAAAAUAAAUUUUAAUUAUUAAAAAUA